AUGGUGAAGGUCGGAGUGAACAGAUUUGGCCCCAGUAGCUACCUGGUUACUUAUUCUGGCAAAGUGGACAUUGUGGCCAAUGACCUCUUCAUUGACCUCAACUACAUGGUCUAUAUGUUCCAGUAUGAGUCCACCCAUGGCAAGUUCAAUGGCACAGUCAAGGCUGAGAAUGGGAAACGAGCCUUGCGGGGGGCCCGUAAGGGCAUCCUGGGCUACACCACGAACCAGGUCGUCUCCUGCAAUUUUUACAGUGGCAUCUACUCUUCCACCUUUGGUACUGAGGCUGGCAUCACCCUAAACAACCAUUUUGACAAGUUUAUGUCCUGGCAUGACAGUGACUUAGGCUACAACAACAGGGUAGUGGACCUCCUGGUCCAUCAAGGUCUAAAGAGAUUUAAGGGCCCCCCCAGCACUAAGAGCUAG